GCAUAACUCAAUUUUCAGAAAACUGGAAAUAGAUAUAGCUAACUAGAUGGGGCUUAAGUACUGGUUGUGUUCGGUACUUACUCUACUAUUAAUACAAUGUUGUCGCUGCAGUGGUUGUCUGGAGCAAGAGAGAACUGCUCUCCUGCAACUCAAAAUAUCUUUUAAUGGUCGACCUUUGAGAAACUGGAGUAGAGGAGCUCACAAUUUAAAUUGUUGUCAAUGGGAAAGGGUUGAGUGCAACCCCUCCACUGGACGUGUUAUUGCACUCUAUCUUAAUUCUACAAGGGCCGGAUUAUAUUAUAGCCGUCCUUACUGGCAUUUGAAUAGCUCUUUGUUUCUUCCAUUUGAGGAAUUAAAAGGUCUUUACUUGCCUAGGAAUAGGAUAGCAGGUUGCAUUGAAAAUGAAGGUUUUGAUAGGUUCACAGAGAAAUUGAGCAAUUUGGAAAUCCUUGAUUUGAGUUGGAAUUUCUUCAAUAAUAGCAUUAUAUCAUCUUUGAGUAAACUUCCAUCUCUCAAGUCUCUAAAUCUGCACGGGAACAACAUAAAUGCAUCAAACCAUAUAGAUGGUUUCUAUAGACUUUCAAAGAACUUAGGAAAUUUAAAAAUCCUUGACUUGACUGGGGGUUUCUUCAAUAACAGCAUAUUGUCAUAUUUGAGUGAACUUUCAUCUCUCAAAUCUCUAACUCUAGCCUAUAACAACUUCAAGAUAUCAAACCAAAUGGAUGCAAUUGAUUUUGAAAAGCUAUCAAAACUUCGCAAUUUGGAAUUUCUUGAUAUAAGUGGUAAUGACAUACAAAACAACACCCUAUCCUAUCUAGAAUUUGAUGCUUUGAGCAACUUGGAAGAGCUAUAUAUGAGCUACAACAUGCUCAACCAAUUUGGGGCUGCCACUAAAGCCAAUAUGAGUUUCAACAAGUUAAAGUCCCUUCAUCUAGGUGGUUAUUAUUAUGACUAUGAGGAUGAUUAUGAUCAAGAUGAGGAAAGUGGUGUUCAACUGCAGCAGCUAUCACUAGUGGCAUUCCCAUCACUAAAAACCCUAUAUUUAUUUAAAAACAAUAUUAACAAAACCAUGCUAAAUCAAAACCUGCAUGUUUUGAGCAAUCUAGAGGAGCUCUUCUUAUUCGACUCCCCUCUUGACAGCAACUUUCUGCAAACCAUUGGGCUGUUCACUUCUCUCAAGUCAAUAUCUUUGGAAGGAUGUGGGUUGAUUGGUGCAUUACCUACUAAAGGUUGGUGUGAUUUGAAGAACCUUAAAGAGUUGAAUCUUCGUGAAAAUAAACUGUCAGGGAUUCUACCUUCUUGCUUGGGUAAUUUGACAUCUCUUCAACUUUUGGAUCUCUCCCACAAUCAAUUCACUGAAAAUAUUGCGUCCUCUCCCCUAACUCAUCUUACAUUACUACAAUAUCUCUCUAUUUCAAACAAUCACUUUCAAGUUCCAGAUUCAUUCAAGGCAUUUGCAAACCAUUCCAACUUGAAAGUUUUCUUGAGUGAUUUCAAUCAAUUAGUCUCAGAACAAGAUCAUGUUCAAACUAGGGUUUCUAAGUUCCAACCAAGUAUCUUCAGCUUGUCAAAUUGUAGGGCAGAAGAACACUUCAUCAAACCUCCUAGCUUCCUUUAUAACCAAUAUGACUUGAAACUAGUUGAUCUUUCUUUUAACAAAUUUGGUGGAGUCUUACCUUAUUGGUUGUUCGAAAACAAUACAAGAUUACAGGUUUUUCUCAUGAAGAAUAACUCUUUUAUGGGUCAUUUCCUCUUGCCAUCACAUCCUAGUCUCGAUGUUGUAGGAAUAGAUAUUUCGAACAACCAAAUACAUGGUCAAAUCCCAUCAAAUAUCAAUUUGAUUUUUCCAUUUGUGGAGAAAUUAUUGUUGUCUGGAAAUGCCCUCGAAGGCAAAAUUCCCAACUGGUUGGGUGGGAUGAACUCUUUACAAAUUCUAGACCUAUCUAACAAUCGAUUUUCUGGUUCAAUACCAGACCAGUUAGCUGUGGGAAACUCAUUAUAUAAUCUCAGACUUUCAAAUAACAACCUUAGCGGGAAACUAACUGCCACCAUAUUCAACUCACAAUCACUUUGGUACUUAUAUCUAGAUGGAAACGAUUUUGAAGGAGAGAUAUCUCAACUUUCUAGCUCUUCAUUUCUAGCAGUAUUGGACAUCAGCAACAACCAUUUGUCAGGCAAGCUUCCAAGAUGGAUAAGGAAUCUCACUCAGUUAGACAGCUUGGUUUUGUCCAACAAUUAUUUCAAGGGUUCAAUUCCAGAGGAAUUCUGUUAUAAUGAUGCAUUUGAAUUUCUAGACCUUUCCAAAAAUAAUCUCUCUGGUUCUUUACCAUCUUGCCCCAAUCCAUUAAACAUAACACAUCUCUAUUUGGGCAAAAAUAGACUGAAUGGUCCAUUGACACAUUCAUUCUACAACAUGUCUUCUUUGGUGGUACUAGACCUAAGAGAAAACAACCUUACUGGAGGCAUUCCAAAAUGGAUUGGCAACUUUUCUAAGUUGAGUGUUUUGCUACUAAAAGGUAAUCACUUUUUUGGUGAAAUUCCCAUUGAAGUAUGUGAGUUGGAACAACUAAGCAUGAUUGAUCUAUCUCAUAAUCAAUUUUCUGGUUCUAUACCUUCUUGUUUGAGUCAUUUAACUCUUAAACCAAGUACUCCAAUAUAUUCUUUCACGACUCUCACGACUUUCUGGAGCACAUUCACAACUUUAUCUGAAAUCGAAGAUCAAUCAUUCAAAAACUUGAAAAAGUCAACAAUGAUGGAGGAGGUGGUAGAAGAAGUGGCAUUCUUAUUUACUAUUCAAAUUAGUAAUGGAAAAGAUGAGGUAGAGUUCACAACAAAGGGGUGCUCAUACAAUUAUGAAGGUCAUAUUCUUAAUAAUAUGUCUGGAAUUGAUCUUUCCUGCAACAAAUUAACAGGCUUAAUCCCACCUGAAAUGGGAAACUUGAGUGAAAUCCAUUCGCUUAACUUGUCUCACAACAAUCUCACAGGAUCCAUUCCAUCCACCUUCUCAAGUUUGAAGCAGAUUGAGAGUUUAGACCUUUCUUUCAAUAACUUGAAUGGUGCGAUUCCACCUCAACUUGUUGAACUCAACUCUUUGGAAGUUUUUAGUGUUGCACACAAUAACCUUUCAGGGACCAUCCCAUAUGGAAAAGCACAGUUUGGGACCUUUGAAAAGAGUAGCUACGAGGGAAACCCCCUUCUUUGUGGACCACCAUUGGAUAAAAGUUGCAAGGAAACCAACUCAGAACCAAAGGUGCCAAAUUCCUCAGAUGAAGAAAAAGAAUGCAAUUCCAUAGAUAUGGAUAUUUUCCACAUUAGCUUCGUGGUUACUUAUGUGAUUGUGUUACUAUCAAUUGUAGCAGUCCUGUACAUAAAUCCAUAUUGGCGACGAGCAUGGUUUUAUUUGGUUGAGAGGUGUGUCACCAAUUGCUACUACUUUAUCAUGGAAAUUCUUUCAAGAUUCUAGUAUUGUAUUUCUUUUUUGUGCACAUGUAUCCUACUAUAUGCAAAGGUAUUCAUAAUAUGCAAUUUCAAUUUCCAAAAGUUUGUAGUAUGUACUUAAUUCAUGAUAGUAUGUAGUUAAUUCAUAACCUUUUCUCAAUCCAUGAAUUUUACUUUUCUCUUAAUCCAUGAGUCAGCUUUAUCUAGGCUCAUACUGUAAAAUUUUGAUAUUUUGUUUACUUUAGUCGGUUAUAUAAUCCUUUAAAUAGGAUACUAGUAUCUUGUAUUUGAAUGAAUGAAAAAAAUCCUAUGUAAUAGAAUCCCAUUAACAGUAUUUGGCAUCUGUGUUUCUUUUAUUAGUUGUCACCUGUUUUCUUCACUUUCCAAUCAGGAAUUUUUAUAUUCAGAAUGUAAGGUGGUGAUAUGCUUGAAAGUAAUAAAAUGGAUAGUCUAUUUAUAAGCUUUAUAUCUUUUGUUUCUAUUUUGAUGCAUUGUGUUGAACUAGUCUGUAUGCUCCAAUAUAUAUACAUUCUCUCUUAUUUUUUUAACCAUUCAAAGAUAUCGUUAAUGAAGUUUCUUAUUUUUU